CCGGGCAUACCACCACGAAUCCUCAGCACUUAUUAUUAAACCCUAAAAAUGAGAUGCACUCGGAAUCUUUUGAAAUAAGCGGAAAGGCGGGCCACACGUUCACCCGUCAUACCUUCGCUCACCCGUCAUCCUCUAAAUUCCUCACGGACAGCAUAUACAACGCACGGCGUCUUUUAAUCCAGAGGGAGAGAGACAGGCGUCAUCAUGUGUGGGAUUCUUGCGGUGUUCGGUUGCACUGACAACUCUCAGGCUAAGCGGUCCAGAAUCAUCGAGCUUUCUAGAAGGUUGCGUCACAGAGGACCGGAUUGGAGUGGAUUGCAUUGUCAUGGUGAUUCUUAUCUUGCGCAUCAACGACUAGCAAUAGUUGAUCCUACCUCCGGGGAUCAGCCAUUGUACAAUGAAGACAAAAGCAUUGUUGUCACGGUCAAUGGUGAAAUAUAUAACCACAAAGAACUGAGGGAAAAGCUGAAGUCUCAUCAAUUUCAUACUGGCAGUGAUUGUGAAGUCAUUGCCCAUCUUUAUGAAGAAUAUGGAGAAGAUUUUGUUGAUAUGUUGGAUGGAAUGUUCUCUUUUGUGCUUCUUGACACUCGCAACAAAUGUUUCAUUGCUGCUCGGGAUGCUAUUGGCAUUACACCUCUUUAUAUGGGCUGGGGACUCGAUGGUUCUAUAUGGUUUGCUUCAGAAAUGAAAGCCUUAUGCGAUGAUUGUGAGAGAUUCACAAGUUUUCUUCCUGGACAUAUAUAUUCAAGCAAAAGUGGAGGUAUUAGAAGAUGGUACAACCCGCAAUGGUAUCUGGAGCACAUUCCUUCUACUCCAUAUGAUUCUCUCCUCUUACGCAAGGUUUUUGAGAAGGCAGUGGUUAAAAGGCUAAUGACAGAUGUACCCUUUGGUGUACUUCUGUCAGGUGGACUGGAUUCAUCUCUUGUUGCCGCUGUGGCUAACCGCUAUUUAGCCAACACUGAAGCUGCCCGCCAAUGGGGAUCACAGUUGCAUACUUUUUGCAUUGGUUUGAAGGACUCUCCUGAUUUAAAAGCUGCUAAAGAAGUGGCAGACUACCUUGGGACUUGUCACCAUGAGUUUACAUUUACAGUGCAGGAAGGGAUAGAUGCACUUGAUGAAGUUAUAUACCAUAUUGAAACAUAUGAUGUGACCACUGUCAGAGCCAGUACACCAAUGUUUCUCAUGUCCCGUAAAAUAAAAUCUCUGGGAGUGAAAAUGGUUCUAUCUGGAGAAGGUUCUGAUGAAAUCUUUGGCGGUUACCUGUAUUUUCACAAGGCACCAAACAAGGAGGAGCUUCACCGGGAAACUUGUCAAAAGAUCAAGGCUCUGCAUCUGUAUGAUUGCUUGAGAGCCAACAAGUCAACUUCUGCAUGGGGUGUUGAGGCUCGUGUGCCCUUUUUAGACAAGGAAUUCAUCAACGUUGCAAUGAGUAUUGAUCCAGAAUGGAAAAUGGUGAAGCCUGAUCUUGGAAGAGUUGAGAAGUGGGUCCUACGCAAUGCUUUUGAUGACAAACAGGAACCUUACUUGCCAAAGCACAUCCUGUACAGGCAAAAGGAGCAAUUCAGCGAUGGAGUGGGGUACAAUUGGAUUGAUGGCUUGAAGGAGCAUGCAAACUCACUGGUUUCUGAUGCAAUGUUAUCAAAUGCAAGCUUUGUUUACCCAGAAAACACCCCAACAACAAAAGAAGGAUACUAUUAUAGGACCAUUUUUGAAAGGUUCUUUCCAAAGAAUGCUGCAAGGUCAACGGUGCCGGGAGGACCAAGCGUGGCAUGUAGCACAGCAAAAGCUGUAGAAUGGGACGCGACGUGGGCAAUGAAUCCGGACCCGUCUGGCAGAGCUGCACUUGGCAUUCAUGAAGCGGCUUAUGAGGAAGGUGCACCAUCGGUGUCUAGGAGUUCCACUUAUCUUGAUGAUACCUCUGCGCAGAAACUGGAAGUAGAAAAGGCAGCAUUAGCAGUUUGAUAUUAUAUUUUGCAUCAUGGGUUUAGUUUUACAUUGAAGUGGAAAGAUUUUAUUCCAUUUCCAUAUAAAAUGGCUGUUUAGUCACGUCAAGGUAAAACAUUUACGAUAAUGAACUAAUGACAAAAAUGUUUUGUUUUCAAAGAACACACGCACACAAAUUGAUACACCACACCCAUGCUUUUAGACCUGAAAGAAUUCCAGCUCUGGAGACUGGACAUUUGUAUUCUGAUAGAAAAAGUUCCCAAC